AAAAAUCUUGGUCUAUUCCAUAUAAACUAUUUUAAAGGCUGAAAACGAUAAAAACGCAAAUCUUGAAAGUGACUAUUGUAUCGUAUAAUCAAAAUUUAUUAACAAAAUCAAUUUUAAUCCCAAAUGGACAAAUACUUAUCUAUGAAAGCUCUAUAAUGCGCGCAGCCCAAGACGCUACUAACGUGCGCAUUAAAACCCGGCCGAAAGAAGAAGACGAUCACUCUCACAAGCAAAAAAAAUUCACUUUUUGUUUUUGUUAACACUCACGUGAAAGCUUCGUUCUUCUUCAAACCUUUUGAACAAUUUCUCCGAUGCCGGUAAAUCACCGGUUUACGUUUAGCUACCGGUUACUCUUCCUCAUCUUCCUUUUGAGUUUCGAAACGGCACAGCGUUUGGUCACCGGUGACCCAAACGACGAAGCAUGCUUGACGAAUCUCCGUCAGAGUUUAGAAGAUCCAGCUAAUAAUCUCCGUAACUGGACAAAAUCCUUCUUCAUAAAUCCUUGCUCCGGCUUCUCUUCUUAUCUUCAUGGAGUCAUUUGCAACAAUGGCAGAAUUUACAAACUCUCCUUAACAAAUCUCUCUCUCCGUGGCUCAAUCUCUCCGUUUCUCUCUAAUUGCACAAAUCUCCAAUCCCUAGAUCUAUCUUCCAACCAGAUCUCCGGCGAGAUCCCGCCGCAAUUACAGUUUUUCGUUAACCUAGCCGUUCUUAAUCUCUCUUCUAAUCGUCUCUCCGGUCAAAUCUCACCACAAAUCGCUCUCUGCGCUUACUUAAACGUCAUCGAUCUUCACGAUAACCAACUCUCCGGUCAAAUUCCGUUUCAGUUCGGGCUUCUCGCUAGAUUAACGGCGUUUGAUGUCUCUAAUAACAAAUUAUCCGGUCAGAUUCCCUCGAAUCUGGCGAUGCGUAACGGAAACUUGCCGAGAUUUAAUGCGAGCUCGUUUAUAGGGAACAAGAAAUUGUUUGGGUAUCCGUUGGAGGAGAUGAAGAACAAAGGAUUGUCGAUAAUGGCGAUUGUUGGGAUUGGACUUGGAAGUGGAAUCGCGAGCUUAGUGAUUAGCUUCACUGGAGUUUGUAUAUGGUUGAAGAUUACAGAGAAAAAGAUGGAGGAAGAAGAAGGAAAGAUAAGUCACUCCAUGCCUGUUUACUAAACACAAACAUUUCGUUUUUUUUCUUCUUAAGUAUAAUUAACGGUUUCUUUUAUCACAUAAUUAGUUUUUUUUUUCCAUUUUGAUCAAAAGCAUACAGCAAUAGGGAGGGUUCAUUAAGCGAAUUUAGGGUUAAUUAAUGCUUUGAUCAUAUAUACAUGUUUCUUUGGUUAUCUUUGGAUACAUAUUAACAAAAAUCACAAGGUUUAAGCAUGAGGUACUAAGUUAUUGUUGUAUAGUUUUUGUAGUUAUGAAAGUGUAAUUUAUAAUGACAUCAUUUAUGUAAGGGCAAUAUAGAAAUUUGAAGAACGGUCGCGCCGAAAGUUAGUCAAAGUGUCAAACCCUGCUUCGAGAACUUAAAAAUUUAUAGUAAGUACGAUUAAUGACCCCACAUUAUUAUGGAUCGAUCCCUAACUUCUCACGUUAUUUGUCCAGA